CACAAAUGUUCUCUCUCACUGUCGUACUACAACUCUUAGGGUCAAAGUUCUCUAGCGCGCACACACACACACACACACAUAAUUACAGGCUGUUAGGUGGGUUGGGAACCAGCAGGUGUUGGUGAGUCUGGUGUCCAGGGGAAGAUUUGCUGUGGGACACUAGAGGACAGAGAUAGCAGGCACCAGGGAAAAGAGUACACACACACACAUGUACUCUCAGACAGGCAGAUGCACACACAAACACACACACACACACAUGUACACACUUCAACAGAGAGAGAGAGAGAAAUAGAGAAAAUUAGAGAGAGUAAAACUCCAAUCCACACGUGAGAACAGAACUGAACUCUGCAAGAUUAAGGAUGAGUGAGUCAAGCUCUAGCGGUUGCUGCUCAAGGCUGAGAUCCUGCCCCAAGCCCAGAGGACUUGUGUCCACUGUCAUCACCAAAGCUGUGAUGGGGGCCAUGGUCUUCGGGGUGGUGUGGGCCAUCACGGGUGAGGAGUGUCUUCCGGGGAGGAACCUGUUUGGGCUGGUCAUUCUGUUCCUGUGCUCUGUGUGUGGGGGCAAACUGGUGGGCCUCGUCCAGUUCCCCAAACUGCCCCCACUACCACCCCUGCUGGGUAUGUUAUUAGCGGGUCUGGUCUUGCGGAAUGUUCCAUAUGUAACGGAUGCAGUUUAUAUCGAUCAAACUUGGUCAUCUGCGCUGAGGAAUGUCGCUCUGGCUAUUAUACUGACCCGCGCAGGUCUCGGACUCAACCCUGAUGCCCUGCGUCGCCUCAAGGGAGUGUGUGUGAGACUAGCUGUGGGACCCUGUACUAUUGAAGCUAGUACGAUCGCCGUGAUUUCUCACUUCCUCUUAGGGUUACCGUGGAUAUGGGGCUUCAUCCUGGGGUUUGUGCUGGCCGCAGUGUCUCCUGCAGUGGUGGUGCCCUCUAUGCUGCUGCUGCAGAAGGAUGGCUUCGGGGUGCAGAAGGGGAUCCCCACUUUACUCAUGGCUGCCGGCAGCUUCGACGACAUCCUGGCCAUCACCGGCUUCUCCACAUGCCUGGGCAUGGCAUUCGGAACAGGAUCCACUUGGUUUAACCUGCUGAAGGGGCUGCUGGAGGUGGUAGGAGGAAUGGUGGCUGGAGUGCUGAUGGGACUCUUCAUCCACUUCUUCCCCAGUGAUGACCAGGCUGAGCUGGUGCAGCGGCGCUCCUAUCUGCUACUGACCCUCGCCCUGUUCUCCGUGUUUGGGAGCCACGCGGUGGGCUUCGCUGGGGCCGGGGGCCUCUGCACCCUGGUGCUCGCCUUCAUCGCAGGACUCAGCUGGGGCUCUGCAAAGGUGCCAGUUGCUGCUGUUGUGGGUGUGGCCUGGGAUAUAUUUCAGCCCCUCCUCUUUGGUCUGAUUGGAGCAGAGAUCGUCAUUUCCACGCUAAACCCAAGCACCGUGGGGCUGGGUGUGGCGGCCUUGCUUGUGGGUCUGGUAGUUAGGGUGUGUGUAACAUACCUCGUGGUUCUGUUUGCCGGCUUCACCCUGAAGGAGAAAAUCUUCAUCUCGCUCGCAUGGAUGCCCAAAGCCACAGUACAGGCUGCGAUCGGCUCCACCGCUCUGGACCUGGCGCGUUCCAAGGGCGAUGCGGUGCUGGAGGGCUACGGGCUGCAGGUGCUAACGGUGGCGGUGCUGGCCAUCCUCAUCACCGCGCCCAUAGGGGCUGUGGCCAUCGGCCUCGCAGGGCCCAGACUGCUGCAGAGAUACACUAGCAUGCCUGAGGAGCAGCCAGAGAAACCAGAAGCAGCUGCAGCUCCUGAUGGCAAAGACAACGCCACCUACGAAAGCAAACUAUAGAAGGAGAGAGAGAGAGAUACACACAUAGAGAGAGAGAGAGAGAUACACAUAGAGAGAGAGAGAUAGAGAGAGAGAGAGAGAGAGAGAGAGAGAGAGAGAGAACGGAUGGAGGAUGCUACUAUUUAUGUUAUUACUUUCCCUGAAUUUACUUUAUCUGUGUUUAAGCAAAUGACUUAGCUAGCUAAUAAAGUCAUAUUCAUACGGUCACACAGACACUCAUGAGGUCAUUCUGCUCAAACAACCAGCAAGAUUUUAAGGACAUCUGAAACAUCAAAGUGAAAGACUACUUUUGAUAAAUGCUCUGAUUAAAUUGCUGAAAAUGCUAAA